GCAGCCGAUGGAGAAGGGUUGCCUGUCAUGCUAUAACAGUGUGCAUGUACAAGGCAAGGUGGCAUCUUCGUUUAGUCAAUUAACCAGAUAUAUGUUUGGUGAUUUUCUCUUUGAAGAAGUCUUAUUUGGCAUCUAAUUCAGGAGAUGGCAUUUAAAUCCAUUCCUUCACCAUUGUGCGCAUUUUCAUUUUGGCAAUGUCAAUACUGCCUAUUUAUCUUGGACCUGAUAUUUUCUGAUGGACUCUAUAUGCAUAAAAUGACUACUUCUCCUUGAAUCGACCAUUCUGGAAUAACACUAACCACAUAGACGGGAUGGGAUCGUUUAAUUCAAGCGGAGUUGACGCGUUCCCAGUUUUCAAUUUAAAUUCCUCAUCAGAAAGUCCAUAUACUUUGGCUACUAUAGCGAGUCUUGCAGCACUUGUAAGUUGUCUUAUUUUGUUUACAGUGGUCGGUAACGUCCUGGUUGUAAUUGCGGUGUUAACAAGCCGGGCACUGAAAGCACCCCAGAACCUGUUUUUGGUUUCCUUAGCCACAGCAGACAUUCUGGUCGCCACUUUGGUGAUGCCUUUUUCUCUGGCAAACGAACUUAUGGGCUAUUGGUAUUUCGGGAAAGUUUGGUGUGGAAUUUACCUUGCUUUAGAUGUCUUAUUUUGCACUUCGUCCAUUGUCCAUCUGUGUGCAAUCAGUUUGGACCGUUACUGGUCCGUUACGCAAGCUGUUGAAUACAAUCUCAAACGGACUCCUAAGCGAGUGAAAUGUAUUAUCGUCAUUGUAUGGCUUAUAUCUGCGAUGAUAUCUUCUCCUCCGUUAAUAUCAAUAGACAAGAACAAUGAUAACUCUCAGUACCCAGGAUGUGAGCUGAACAAUGACACUUGGUACAUCCUUUCCUCUAGCAUUGCGUCAUUCUUUGCUCCUUGCCUAAUCAUGAUAUUAGUAUAUAUUAGAAUAUACCAAGUGGCCAAGACAAGGACCAGGGGCAUGUCAGAGAAAAAACAUGGUCCUGGUGGUGAACCUACAAUGACUGAGAAUGGGUUAAGCAAAGCCACCUCGUGCAAAAUCAACGGGGACAAAGAGAACGGGCACUGGCAGUGCCCUUCCACGCCCACCAGCAUGAGGACAACAGGGGUCCAAGACGAGGUGGACCUGGAGGAGAGCUCCUCCUCAGAGGGCAAAGGUCACCCCAAACCUCAGGACCUGAACCACAAGAGGGCCAAGAGAGCCAGCCGGAAGAACAGCGCCGUCUCCAAACACUCCAGCCGAAUCUCCAGAGCCAGCAACAAAUCCACGGACCUGUUCGCCUCCAGGAGGAAGAAGAGGAGGAGGAGCUCUGCGUCCAGGAAGAAGGUCUCCCAGGCCAGGGAGAAGAGAUUCACCUUUGUGCUGGCGGUGGUCAUGGGAGUGUUUGUGGUGUGCUGGUUCCCAUUCUUCUUCAGCUACUGCCUGCACGGAGUGUGCGGGGACCCCUGUAAGAUCCCCGGUCCCCUCUUUAAGUUCUUCUUCUGGAUCGGUUACUGUAACAGCUCCCUCAACCCCGCCAUCUACACUAUCUUCAACCAGGAUUUCCGGCGCGCCUUUCAGAAAAUCCUUUGCAAGUCUUGGAAAAAAUCCUUCUAGAUAUGUAAUAACAAGAGGGACAAGCCAGGACUAAAUAUCCCUUGAGGUGACAAUAUCAAUAACAUGAACGUAUGAAAUUUACCAUGGAAUAUCAAUGUGAAAGCAGACAUUUUUCUUUAUUUGUCCCAUGGAACAAUGCAAUGUGCAUACUGUACUUACAGUGGACAGACACAUUGUCAUGCUGUAACUCAAUUGAGUCAGAGCAUAAUACUGAACUAAGUCUUCAUAUCCCCUCACAGGCAACUCUCUAGUGCUUUUAACCUACUUGUUUCUCUUACCGGCCUUCAUAUUUUCCAUCCACGUUUAGUGUGUGCUUAGUGGUUCCCAGAAUUAGAUGUACUGAAGUGUGUCGCAAGGUUUUAGCUCAAUGUCAUGUUAGAUAUCCAGUACUCCUGAGUCCUUUACAAAUAAAGUGAGAGCAGGUAGCAUUUCCAGGUUGAUCGUGCUAAUGCAAAAAACACAGGGGGAGCUAGCCUGGCGCAUCUGCAGUUUAAUCCAAAAUACUGCAUGUUUUCAUGGGUAAUGCUUUCCCUACAGAUUACAAGUGGUUGAGGUGUUGAUGGGUGACUAUACCAGGGCUGUCCAACCCUGUUCCUGGAUAACUACCCCUUGCUUUGUUUUUGCUCCAAGCCCAGUUGUAACUAACCUGAUUCAUUUUUGAUCAACAAGCUAAUUAUUAGAGUCAGGUGUGCUACAGUAGAUUAGGGUUGAAGCGAGAAUCUACAGGAUGGUAGCUCUCCAGGUACAGGGUUGGAGAGCCCUGCUCUAUACAUUUUUAAAAUAUGGGCUACGGUUGGACCUGUUAUUUAUACGUAAUAGUAACAAAGCCUCUUUAUUUUUCACCUUGGAUGCUGACUAAUAAAUAUUUAAGAAUAAAACAUAAAGUGUUUAUUUUAAUACACUACCUCCCUUGUGGACUGUUUCUGUGUAAUUAUUUAGCAUAUUUUGUAUUUUUUUUUGUGCA